AUGGCAGAAGAGUUUGAGAUUAAAGAUCUUGGUACUUUGAGAUAUUUCCUAGGCAUGGAGGUAGCAAGAUCAAAGGAAGGGAUCUCAGUGUCUCAGAGAAAAUAUACAUUAGACCUAUUACAAGAGACUGGGAUGACUGGAUGUAAACUUGCAGAUACUUCGAUUGAGGUUAACAGUAAUCUGGUAAAUAAGUUUGGUAAGCCAGUUUAUGCAAGCUCGUAUAUGAGACGCAUGGAAGUUGUUACUUGGAUUCUGAGAUAUCUAAAGUCAACAUCUGGAAAAGGCUUGAUGUUUAGGAAAUAUGAUAGAAGAUGCAUCGAAGCCUACAUUGACUCAGACUGGGCCGGUUCCGCUACUGAUAGGAAGUCAAUCUCGAGGUAUUAUACCUUCGUAUGGGGAAAUCUUGUUACAUGGAGGAGUAAGAAACAGGGUGUCGUGGCUAGAAGUAGUGCUGAAGCUGAAUACAGAGCUAUGAGAGUCAUGACCCGAUGA